CAAAUACGUCUCCUCCUCCAAACACUUCAAAUCAAAAGUCAUCACUUCACGUCCCAACUCCAAACACAGAACGUAUAAAAGAUCCAAGAAGAAGACCAGAAACCCGUGCAGAACAAGGGAGGAGGACUGAACCAAGACCGUCUCGCGCGGCAGCUAUGCUCUUGGUUUACCUCCUCCUCUUCCUCCACCUCUCUUCCUCCGUCUGCGAGGCCAGCAGCCGGAACCACCGCCUCGUCCUCCGCACGGCCGGCCGCAUCCCCGCGGCCCCUGCAUCGUCGACGAUGACGAUGUACCGUCGCCUUCUCCGCGCCCCAAUGCAGCAGCACUCGUCGGCGUCCUCCUCCUCCCACGACCAAGAGCAUGUGCGAGGCAUGAUAGCGAUGCAACAGCAGCAGGGGCCUUCUCCGUCGCCGCAGCCGGGUGUGACGCUGGCCAGGGACGCCGUCCAGGAGGGCAGUGUGCCGCCGGCCGAGCAGGACAUGGUGAUGCCGCCGCCACCAGGGGACGACAGCGGGGAUAAGGAAGCUGCAGGAGGCGGCGAUGCCGUCGGCAGUGAUGGAGGAUCGUCGGAUCUGAUCACCGAUGAUCAGCCGGAGAGCGAUGCGGUCGACAUCGGAGUCGACUACGUUCCUCCGAAGACGCACCCUCCAUCUCACAACUAGAUGGUCUGCGAUGACGACGAAAAAGUUACAUUAGCUACAUAUAUAUGUCUAUAUAUAUCUCCGGUUUAAAGAAAAAUUAGCACAAAUAAUCAUGCGUCGCGACGGAAAACAAAAAUUUUAUGAACCACGGUUGGCCUGAUCAAGGAACUAUGUCACGGGACA